GUUUUCUUUCCCAAUUAGGAUUCUAGCACCUUUGAGUACACAUCAAUGAAAAGUUUAAACGAGUCCAAAUAUGGAUUUUGGGGAGUCCUAGCUAGAAAAGCUAAAUCACUUGUUGAGGAUGAUAAUGCAUCUCAGAGUUUCAAAAACUUCGGUAGAAAGCAGCCCCAGAUGUUUGACACAAAGACGGGUGAUGAGUUUUCACAAUCCUAUCAGUCAGCUGAGGGAUCACAGAAGGCUGAAGCUCUACCCUCUCAGAGAAGUCCAGAUUCAUUAGCUUCUUCGCUUAAUCAUAUCGGUGGUACAAUAAAAAAUAAAUUCGAAGAGGGUCUGACAAUUAUGGAGAAUAGGACUGCUGAUAUUAUCCAAGAAACACGCAAACUUAAUAUCAGGAGAAAAGGAAGUGGCCCUGGACAGAACCAGGCUACAGAUACCUCAGCUCAGCAUUUCACUUCCAUUCAUGCAGACCAUGAGACUCAAUUGAAGGCAUCACGCGACGUUGCAAAUGCCAUGGCUGCCAAGGCUAAGGUUCUUUUGCGGGAAUUGAAAACUAUCAAAGCAGACCUUGCUUUUGCAAAGGAGCGAUGCGCUCAACUUGAAGAAGAGAACAAGAUGUUGAGGGAGAAUCACGAGAAGGGAGCUGGUCCUGAAGAUGAUGAUUUGAUACGACUGCAGCUAGAAACAUUAUUGGCUGAAAAAGGGCGGCUGGCACACGAGAACUCAGUCUAUGCUAGAGAGAAUCGAUUCUUGAGGGAGAUAGUGGAAUAUCACCAGCUAACGAUGCAGGAUGUCGUGUAUGUCGAUGAAGGGAUCGAAGAGGUCACAGAAGUUUUCUCCAACAGUGCCGACCAAAUCCUAUCAAGAAGCAGUUCCGUGUCGAACUCAUUUAAGGGGAUUGAUGAAGUCACGGAGGUCUUUUCCAACAAUCCCAACCAAAUUAUGUCGCGGACCAGUUCCAUCUCCAACUCAUUUAAUGGUGCUUCGGCCUCUUUUGAACAUUCAUCACCCGCUGUUUCUGUUCCUUCUACGUCUACUCCUACGAAACCUUCGUCGAUCGUUGUACCUGAAGCUUGCCCAGUUGUCCCGAUGCCUCCUACACCUUCACCUCGUGUUACUACAGGCGGCGUUUCUGAGGAAGAAGAUGAUGGAAAUCGACAAUAUCAGCAAUAUGUUUGAUCAGUGGACCGGCAUUUUUAUCUAUUGGGCGUGGCCUGGAUUGUUCUUGUUUGCAAAAGUUUGCCCGGUUGUUAUUUUUGUGCGUUGUGUAUCAUGUGACUUGGUUUGAGCCUGCUGUGUAUUAUGAGUUGGUGGAAUUUGUUUUCAUCAUUGUUUGUUGAUAUUGGUGUAUGUACAAAUAUGUGUAUUUGAUGAGUUGGUUAUGUACUCCACAUUCUUUCAUGCGUGAGCGUUGAAAUAUCAAGUCGAGAGUUUGUAUUU